CCCUCCCUCCAUCCAUCCUCCCUUUAUAUAUAUCUUCACUUUAAUUGCUCCCUUUGCCCAUCCCCAAACUUCACAUUCUCACACUUCUCUCCAAAUACUCCCAUUCUCUCUCUACUAAUGGCUUCCUCAACAGGACUCAAGCUCUUCCUCAUCAUGGCACUAAUUGCCACGUCAUGCAUGGCCCAAUCCCCUACCGGCGCCCCAACCGUCUCCCCUACCGCCGCACCAGUGGCGCCGCCCACCCCCACCCCAACCACCCCCGCACCCACCCCAGCCCCUGUCGCCGCACCAACACCCUCCCCCGCCGCCCCAACACCCUCCCCCGCCGGCGGAGAAGCCCCCACCCCAGGCGCUGCCGCACCGACCUCCCCCGCCCCCGCCGGCCCCGCUGCCGGACCAGGUGCCAAUCAGCCGCCUGCCGACAACGGCAACAGCGGAUUCGUGAGCACGGCUAGCUUCGGCGGCGCCGCCGUGGCGGCGGUGCUUGUGGCGGUGGCUUUGGCUUUGGCUUAGAGCUGCCACGUGGACGGCGUAGAUCUGUUUUGGAUGAGGGGUUGUUAGGUUAUUUAUUUUGUUUUGUGUCUGUAAUUUUAUUCGAUUUUUGGUGAAAUUUGUUUGUGGUUUGUUUAAUUGAUUUGUAGUGGGGAUCAUUUGUUUUGUUGUGAUUAUUAUUUGGGUGAUACUACACAUGACUCUUGGAUUAUAGCUCGUGGACGUAUUUGUUAUCUAGCGGAGUCACAUGUACAUUGAUGAUCAGAUCCAUCCCUAAUAAAUUUUAUUAUUAUUCUUUUA